AUGCAAAGCAAUUUAGACUACACUCUCGAUGAGUAUAACUACUUUAAAAUGGAAAAUCCUUUUGAUAAUAGUGAAAUGGAUUUAGACAAUAAGUAACAAAACAUUAAAUACUUCAAUCAUGAAAUAGCAUCAACAAACAGUUAAUCUAAUAGUCUAAAUGAAAAUUUAGACACCUUUUUUGAUGAUUUUUAUAGAUUGAAUUUAACAAUUGACUUCGAUAGUUAAGAUCCAUUUUAAAAUCUUCCUAACAAAUACCAAUUUUAUUCAAAUGAAAUGAAGUAGUUUAACUUAGAGGAUCCACUCUUUGGAAAGCAAUAUUAAUAUUUUUAACAAAAUGAGACGUAUUAGUAAUAUAAGGAAUAACCUCAAGAUAAAAGCAACAAUAAUUCAAAUGAGCUCAUUCAAUCAGACUAAAAUCAAACUUCAAUUGAUUCUUGGAAUAAAGACUUUUAAAGUCUAACUUAGGAUCAAGUUGAUGUUGUGAUUGAUGAGAUUGAUGCAGCUUAUGAUUAAUCCAUAACUUAAAGAAAGGGAAAAAAGAGAGGGCGUCCUUUCAAGGAUAUUUAAAAUGAAAAUAUUGAUCAACUACCUAAUAUAAAUACACACAGUAUUAAAAAUGUCAGAUGCAUUGCUAGAUGUUUUAGGCAACUUAUAAGUAUUAAUAAAUACUAGUUGAUAGAUAAACUUGCUUUCAAAAUCAGAAACCAUUUUAAGAAUGAUUCUCCAGCUCAGAUUAUCAAAAAAAUAGAAAAUGAUCUGAGAUAUUGUUAGAGUCCUGUUAAAGAGGAUAAGAAAUUUAAACGAGAUUUCAAAAGAGACCGAGUUAUCGUAACAAAUGACAACAUCAGUAUUUUAGGUAGACUCUGCUAUAGAUACAAAUUCUCAGACGAGAUAAAAUUCUUCUAAGAUCCCAUUUAUUAAUUCCUAUUCCUAGAAUGUAUGAGAUCCAUCAGGAAAGAGUUCAAAGGUCAGAAGGAUGUUUUGGGAACACUUGAGAGUAUAAUAAAACUUCACUUUUGA